AUGGAAUCUUGCGAUAUAAGCCUCAAGGAAGUGAGUUCCUCGCUUCCUUCUGAUAAGGCGCUUGAUCGUUUGAACAACUGUUCUAACACCGGAAUACGCACAUGUAAUGGUCUGGUUGAGCCAGCUAAUUACCACACUGAUACCGGAAGAUUCCGGGAGGGAAAUGAGUUCCAGACUGUCACGGUUAGCUCCGGGCAUGGAUGUGUUCAUAAAAUUGUUCAUCGAAUUGGAGAGCGUUUGAGGCCUUUGAUGCCCAUUCCAACACCGGCUCGUGAUUACCCGUUUAAACUAGAUCCUUUCCAAGAACAAGCGAUUCUCUGCAUCGAAAAUGAACGCUCCGUUCUAGUCUCCGCCCACACAUCAGCUGGUAAAACUGUUGUUGCCGAAUACGCGGUGGCUCGGAGCCUACGUGCAAAUCGCCGUGUGAUCUAUACGACACCCAUCAAGGCAUUGAGCAAUCAGAAGUUCAAAGAAUUUGCGGAUGAGUUUACAGAUGUUGGGCUAAUGACUGGUGACGUGACAGUUAAUCCGGAAGCCACGGUUUUGGUCAUGACCACGGAAGUUCUGCGAUUAAUGCUCUACCGCGGGUUUGAUAUCACUCGAAAAGUCGGUUGGGUGAUCUUUGAUGAAGUCCACUACCUUCGAGACAAAGAACGUGGUGUAGUAUGGGAAGAAACUAUAAUCUUACUUCCAGAUAACGUCGGCCUUGUGUUUCUUAGCGCCACUAUCCCCAACGCCAUACAGUUCGCUGAGUGGAUCGUCUCCUUACAUCAUCGCCCUUGUCAUGUAGUGAACACUGAUAUUCGACCUGUUCCGUUGGAGCAUUAUGUGUUUCCCUGCGGUGGAGAUGGCAUUCACCUCGUCGUCAACCAGAAGUGCGAAUUCCUUGAAGCCAACUUCAACGCAGCAUUGAAUGUUUUACGCACAUGCACUUCGAAAUCCGCGACUAACUCCAAGAUGCUUGGACGCCGCCCCGGCUACAUGUGUACUCAGCCUUACUGUGCCGAUUUGGUGAAAAUUCUAAUGAACCAAAACCUGGGUCCCCUGAUCAUAUUCUCGUUCAGCAGAGAUGAAUGUGAGAAUUUAUUCACCAGCAUGAACGGAUUUAACCUUAACACAGCUGAAGAAAGCGCCAAGGUAGACUCGGUGUUUAACAAUGCAAUUAGCAAUCUAUCCGAUGAGGACAAGCAGUUGCCACAAUUUCAGCGUUUGCUCCCCUCACUGCGUCGUGGUAUUGGAACUCAUCACAGUGGCUUGCUACCAAUUUUGAGGGAGAUAGUGGAAAUUCUCUUCUCUAAUGGCUUUAUCAAAAUUCUCUACGCGACCGAAACAUUCGCCAUGGGUUUAAACAUGCCCGCGAGAACUGUGGUGUUUACGAACACACGCAAAUUUGAUGGUCGUGUGUUUCGCACCAUAUCCACUGGAGAGUACGUGCAAAUGUCAGGUAGAGCCGGGCGUCGUGGCAAAGACGAUCGUGGUGCCGUGAUUAUCAUGCUAGAUAGUAGUGCUUCACCGUACGAAACGAAGCAGCUACUGUUGAGUCAACCCGAGCGUUUGAAUUCUUCUUUCUUCACAACAAACAAUAUGGUGUUGAAUUUUCUGCAAAUGAAGAACACCAGUCCAGAGAUGUUACUGGAAAAAAGCUUCUAUCAGUUCCAGACUCGCUGGCUCGAGAAGCGCAUCCGCAUGCUGGAAGAGGAGGCACGGGCUAGUCAAUUGCCUCCUGAAGUUGAAUUGGAUCAGUUGCGCUCUUGUAUAGAACUGCGUAAAGCAUUGGCAUCUGCACAACGGGAACAGUGGUCGCUGGUGAUGAAGGCCAACUGCAUUGCCUCGUUUUUGAAACCGGGACGGGUUGUGCAUGUUCGUGCACUGAACGAUACCGAUUAUGGAUGGGGAGUGGUGAUUAAUUUCAAUCAAAUACAUACGCAGAAUUCGGAUAAGCUCGCCGAAUCAACUGAGGGCUCGACCGUCAUGGUAGAAUGCCUUCUCCAAGUGUGCUCGAUGAUCCCGUUUCACAACAUUAAUCAUCUUGAUUCUCACAAGGACGACAGACCAAUCCCUUUGGCUAUGGUGGAACCAAUUAUUCCAAAUUUCAAGAUCUCUGAAAAUGACUCUCUGCACAGUAAGGUUAACGCGAUACGCCUGAUUUCAGUUCCAAUCUCCUGCUUGGCUGGGCUGUCCAGCGUGUGCUUGCCAGUCUCAAAUAUCCUCGGUCACCCCGGCAAGGGCGCCCCACAACCCGACUGUGUGCUCAGAUGUAUUUGGGAAGAACUAGAUCAGGCGAAGAAAAAACACAGUGGCUGCUUCCCCCUGUUGGAUCCUGUGGAAGACAUGCGAAUCGAUGACGAACGGUUAGCUAACUACAAAGAAACCAUUCUCAUGUUAGAGCUGCAACUCGCUCUUCAGCCGCUGAUGAGCCGUUCGGAUAUCGACCAUUUACUGAACCUUCACAUCCGUCGCCCUAUGGUGCUGCGCGACCUGGACAUUUUUCGAACGCGGCUGAAAAACAGGAAUACUUUGUUCCACUCGAAUGAACUGUAUAUUCGGAAGCAUCUACUCCGAACUCUGGGUUUCCUUUCACAUGAUGAUGUGGUCACAUUCAAAGGCCAAAUCGCGUGUACAAUCUUAUCGGGAGAUGAUCUUCUAUUGACGGAAUUGAUUCUGGAUGGGUUGUUCUCUCCUCUCACACCUGUGCAACUUGCCAGCGUGAUGUCAUGCUUUGUCAGCGGGCGAUCCCCGGUCAGGAAACCAAUUGCCCCCCUGGGCACCGAUUUUGAACAGGCGCUAAAUGCCAUUCAUACCAAAGCUCGGUUCUUAGCACGCGCCGCCACCGAAAGCCGCCUUCGGUACUUACAGUCAGAUGAAAACGAGAAUCUCAAUACAUCUUUGUCCGGUGCUCCUCCUAAUCACUGUACUGACAUGUUGGACAACGAACAAGUCUAUGUACGUCGGUUCACAGGAGGACUCAUGGAAGUGGUGCGCGCAUGGGCUGAAGGAGUCAGCUUUGCUCGUCUAUGUGAGCUUACGUCGGCAUUCGAGGGCGCCUUGAUUCGCUGCAUGCGACGCUUGGAUCAAUUACUGCGCGAAAUGUACGAUGCAGCCAAAAAAGCUGGUGACUCGGAGUUAGAAAAAAAAUCCCUAGAAGCCUUGGAUCUCAUUAGACGAGACAUCGUUUUUGCAUCGAGCCUUUACCUGUGA